AUGCCUAGCACUAAGCAUAAUGUGGGACAUGAUUCAAAGGAGGAUGAAGAUUUAGACAUUGAGUCUCUACAAACAAGAAGUGGUUGUAGAACUGGGUUGCUCGUCCCAACAGUGAAGAAGGUUGCGUGGUGGCGCGUGCUUUACGCGAUCGUUCGUGUGAAAAAAAUGUUUGUGUUACUAAAGCGAAACAAAGCUGAGCAUGAUCAAAAUCAAAGUUACGGAAACCAACAGCCACUUCUCACUCAUCAUCAUCCCCUAGCUCCUCCUUACGUCUCUCUCCCCUGCAUUAAUACUCAUGAUGAUGAUGAUGAUGUUAUAAUUCAAGGAUCAAACGGCAUAGAAGUGUUAGAAGUUUCAACUGCAUUACCUAAUGAUCACUAUCAUCAAAUCCAUGUGGAUAUUCAUGAGGAGGCGGAGACAAGUAUUGGUACUACUAGUACUACCACGGCUGCCACUACUGAUGAUGAUGCAAAAAGCCAACAAUUUGCCAACAUCGUUGAGAUAGUGAAUACGAAGGACUUGGAUUCCUUGAACCGAUUCGGAGGUGUCAAAGGAAUCGCUGUUGCUCUCAAUACUAAUUUAGAAGCUGGAAUCUCUGGCGAUGAAAAUGAUCUAAGUUGGCGAAAGGGGCAGAGUAAUUCAGAUCAUGCUAGCACAGGCCAGAGUACAGAGCACGUAAUUGAAGCUCAGCCUUCUUUUGACUUCUUAAGAAUACUCCUAAAAUACUGCAAUGAUGCUGCAAUUGGGUUUCUUAUCAUAGCCGCAUUGUUGUCUAUUGGAUUUGGAAUUAAGAAAGAUGGCACCGAGACUGGUUGGUACGAGGGCUUUUUCAUACUGAUUGGUGUAGUCAUACUCGUAGUUGGGCCUACAUUGCAUGAGCUUUGGCUACUUGCACGUUCUCGGAGGGAGCCAUUAUUGCAUUUGGAGCAGAAUUUGGUCUUUGUUUCAAGAGGGAACACCAAACAGAAAAUUCCCAUUUCCCAGCUAGUCCAAGGUGAUGUCCUUUGGUUGGAAACCGAGAAUCUAGUCCCUGCUGAUGGCUUAUUCAUUGGGGGUGAGUCUCUAGUGGUGCAUGACGGUUUAAAUUCGACCAUUAAUGAACAAUGUCCGUUUCUAUUUCAUGGUUCUACCGUGACUCAUGGAAGUGGACGUAUGCUAGUGACGACUGUGGGAGGAGAAACCAAAUUUAGCAAGCUCGUGAGUUCAGGUGCUGCAACCUCUCAAACCCCGGACAGGAUCACGCGGUUUCCUGCUCAACUUGAGAGGUUGAGUAAGGUGACGCACAUGGCUGGCCUAGUAAUCUCUAUCGUGAUUUUGGUAGUCCCUUUUGUGCGUUUUAUGAUUGAUCAAAAUUUUGAUUCUGACUCUGAUUAUCCAAAGCUCAAGGCUGGGAAUACAGACACGACCAAGACCAAGGAAAUCAUAGAUUUAAUAGAGAGACUUGUCAUGAAGCCAAGAGGAAAUAUGGGUACAAAUUUAGUAACAUUGCUGACUAUAGUAAUGGUGGGACUUAUGGAAGGAAUGUCGUUAGUCAUAACGUUGACUUCCAUUUUAUGGAGAAAGAAGUUGCUGUCUAAAAUAGCUUCAGAUCCAGGACUGUUGGGUUCUGUGAUAAUGGGAUCAGCUACAGUAGUUAUUUGUGAUCCGCUCAACCCAGCUGAUGUUUCUGUGUGCUUUGUUGGUACUGAUAAAGUCGUUAAUCUUGCUGAAUUGCCAACACUCGUUCGUGAAGCUCUUGGUAAUGGUAUCAGCGCACCACUUGUGAAGCACUGGAGUGAUAGUAAGGAAAAUGAGGACCCCCUUCUAAGUUGGGCUAAGUCAAAUUUGGGGGUGAAGCUUGAUACUUUGUGGCAAAGAUUUACAGUAGUAAAGAUCAAGGGGUUAAGCUCAAAUGAGGAAGGAAGUGGAGUUUUGAUGAAGAAGAAUAAGAACACUAGGAUAGAGAAUAUGUCUUUGCACUUUAAAGGCCCUGCAUCAACAAUACUAGGAAUGUGCUCGAGUUACUAUGACAAGAAUGGAAAUGAAAAAAGAUUGAAUGGUAGGGAAAGAGAAUUUUUUGAGAGGUUUAUUGAGGAGAUGAAGUCCCAAGAUCUAAAAACGGUUGCUUUUGCUUGCAAGCAGAUUGAUGCAUCAGUUGAGGAUGAAAAUGCGUUGAUGGGCGAAAAUGGUUUAGUGUUAAUAGCAAUGGUUGGUGUCAAGGAGUACACUUGUUGCGCCAAAACAAAAAAGACACUGAAAGAUUUUAAUGAUGCAAAAGUGAAGUUCAUAUUGGCCUCAAAAGAUGACAAGUUAGAGCUUGAAAGGAUGGCUACUGCUUGCGAAAUUCUUCCUCCGGAUGGGCUGGUGAUUAGUGGUGAAGAUUUUCGAGGCUACAACGAGCAAGAGAAGAAGGAGAAAGCGGAUAAAAUCUAUGUAAUGGGCAAUUCUCUUCCAUCUGACAUAAUACUUCUAAUGGAAAUCUUGAAGAGUAAUGGAGAUGUUGUUAUCAGUCUUGGAAGUAGAAUAGAAGACAUUCCCAUGCAAAGACAAGCUAAUCUUGGUGUUGCAAUGGGGAGAAGGAGCAGCCAAAUGAUUAGAGAGUGUUCUAACAUAGAAGUUUUCGAUGGGAGUUUAAGUUCCUUGCUGACUGUUACAAAGUGCGGAAGAUGUACUUAUCACAACAUUCAAAAGUACAUUCAACUAGAUCUUGUAACCAACAUUGCAGGAACAUUGAUAGCAUCCAUCACCGCAAUGUGGUUGGGAUCAAACUCUAUUACCGGCUUUCAACUGAUCUGGACUAAUUUGGUCACAACUCUAGUAAUUGGGCCAGCUCUACUGAUGGAACUUCCCAAUAAUGAGCUGAUGCAGAAGCCUCCAAUCAGACCAAAUGAGCCUCUCAUUUCAAAAGCCAUGUGUAGAAAUAUAAUCAUCCAGGCAUUAUAUCAGACUACCAUCUUGGUCACAUUUCAAUUCAAAGGGCAUUAUAUACUGUAUUUCUUGAGGAUUCGUAAGCGGAAUCAGCAGCAUGUAAGUAAGUCCAUGAUUUUCAACAGUUUCGUUCUCUGCCAAAUUUUCAAUCAAGUGAAUUCAAGAGAUCUAGAGAGAAUAAACGUGUUGAAGGGAAUUCAUCGAAAUCCUUGGUUUUCAUUGGCUAUGGUGUUCGUAGUGGGACUACAGGCGAGUUUCAUUGAGGUGGCCCAUAAACUAGCUGGGGAUGAGAGAUUGAAUUUGGCUCAAUGGGGUGUCUGUCUGUUUAUAGGAAUUGUUUCGUGCCCAGUUGAUGCAGCUGCAAAAUACACAUGGAAUCUCACCAAGAAGGUACUUCGUAUGUUUCAUGACUCUGCUUCUUCAGACUCUGUUUCUAACCUAGAGUCUCCAUUGAUGAGUACUGAAAAUUCUACCACAGAAUCAUAACAACCAUCCUAAUUAUUUUUAGUGUACUCUUUUGCUAUUUUACUUUUUAUGCAGAAUGUUAGUGAAUAUGUUUAACUGUAUUGGGUUAGUUAUAAGUUAGUUAAUUGCUGACAUCACAUCAGCUACUCUGUCUCUUGUAACAACUUUCAGUUGUAACCAUAUAUCUGUAUUUUAUUCUAAGUAUAUAAAUAAUACUCAGUGAAUCUUAGCAGAUCAGAAA